AAUUUGUAGCAAGCACUUGGCAAUAUCUGUUAGAACAGACGUGACUGACUGGAAAAAGAUGUGUGAACAAACGUGGACUAUUGUUCAAUUCGAAGAAGAUUGCUCUGUGGAAGCGGUACCCUCAACAUGGAUACAAGGGCAAUUUUGUCAUUGGCCUACAUAUUCACAAGACAAAUUAAUGACUGCAAUCAGAAAGCAUGAAUCUUUAAAUACAUGCUGGCCUAGCUAUAAAAUUAGAAGCUUCAGAAAUUCUACUUUUAAUGACUAUUCCAAAGCACGCUCAAAAGCACGUACCGCUGAAUUUACAAGUGAUUUAAAUUCUGAAAUAGAAGAUAAUGCUAAAAGGAAAAGAAUUCAAAAAAUUUUAUCUUCCUCUUCAUCAGAAGAUAGCUUGGAAACUUCUUUAUUAUCACAACCACCAAGAUUGAAACAGACAACUAGAAUAAAGCAGAAAAAUCUUGAAAAAAGUUCUAAAUCAGUUUAUGAUUCCCCAAAUCAGUCUACGUAUCAGUCAUCAUUUAAUACAGAAAAUAUUUUUACAGAUAAUUCAAUUCUUGGUAAAGAUGUUGAUUCACUAAGUUAUGAAACAGCGUUAGUUAGUUUGCCAUGCAAUUCAGCUUGCAGUUGCUGUAGUAAGAGAGAGAAACUUGAUGAGAAGACUGUUAAGAAUUUAAUGGCCCAGAAUUAUUUGAUACGAAGUAUGGUUACUGAUAUAUUAUCUGAAGUAAAAGAAAUUAAAUUGCAACUAAAAAAUAACUCUCAGCAAACUGUUUGUUUGAUUUUAAUGCUAUAUUAG